AUGGUGAUGCCGUACCAGAGGUCGGCGGCGGCGAGGUCCGACAUAGAAGGGCGAGGAAACCGCCACCUCCGUGCAUGCUGCCCCCUGCUCACCCUCGUCUCACCGUCCGUCGUCUGCGACCGCACCGCGCUGCCCACCUACAACAGCAUCGCACCGACGCCCUGCCGUCCGCCGGGGGCGACUGCAUCGCGCCUCUCCGCCUACAACAACGCCGCGGUCGGCAUCGCCACGUCCUCCCGUCCGUCGCCGGCGGCUGCACCUCGCCUCAUUGACUACGACAACGCCACGCCCGGCAGUCCUACGCCUUGCCGCGGGAACGGCACGACGGAUAAGAUCCGCCUGCACCAGAUGGAGUCUCCUAAACGUUCCACUGAACGCACUCCCUUUAAAGACCUGUCCAACUCCGUCAACGCAAGUGUUGUCGACAUUAGUAAUGGAGGGCAACCUACAGAUAUGAAAGAACGCAAGAGGCAACGUGCUAGGGAGCGAUAUGCGCAAAUGGAUAAACAGAAAAAAGAUGAAUUACUACGUAAGCGCCGUGAAGCCUAUCAACAAAAAAGAGCUCGACCAUUAGUUAGUUCUGAAGAGGCGAAAGUGGGGGCAAGUCCAUCUGUGCUCUCCCAAGUGCAGAUAACGACAAUUGGUCAAGGGGACAUUGCAUUGAACAAGGAAAAUGUGGUGCCUAAUGAAGAUAGUGAGUGGUUAAAUAGAAAUGACACAUACCAAAGAGCAUCAAUUGAUUUGCCAUCCCAGGGGCAAGAAAACCUCAUGACUGAUAUUAUUGCCAUCAACAAUUGCAGUAAUGAUGGGCCAACAUCAUCGAUGAUUCAACCACAACCCAUAGAUUCCAAAGAGCGGAAGAGGCUACGGGAUAGCGAACGAUAUGCAUUGAUGGAUUGCAAGAAAAAAAGGUGAACUUCUAAAAAGACAGCGUGAAGCAAGGAA